GGGCCGGGCGUGGAUGGAGGGUGCCGCGCGCCCUGCCCGCUGCUCGGCGUGACGGACGCGGGCCCCGCGCCCCGCGCCCACCAUGUCCUACCCGCAGGGCUACCUGUACCAGGCGCCCGGCUCGCUGGCGCUCUACUCCUGCCCCGCGUACGGCGCCUCCGCGCUGGCGGCGCCCCGCAGCGAGGAGCUGGCGCGCUCGGCGUCCGGCUCGGCGUUCAGCCCCUACCCGGGCUCGGCGGCCUUCACGGCGCAGGCGGCCACGGGCUUCGGCAGCCCGCUGCAGUACUCGGCCGACGCCGCCGCCGCCGCCGCCGCCGGCUUCCCGUCCUACAUGGGUGCGCCCUACGACACGCACACGACCGGCGUGACCGGGGCCAUCAGCUACCACCCGUACGGCAGCGCGGCCUACCCGUACCAGCUCAACGACCCGGCCUACCGCAAGAACGCCACGCGCGACGCCACGGCCACGCUCAAGGCCUGGCUGCAGGAGCACCGCAAGAACCCCUACCCCACCAAGGGCGAGAAGAUCAUGCUGGCCAUCAUCACCAAGAUGACCCUCACGCAGGUCUCCACCUGGUUCGCCAACGCGCGCCGGCGCCUCAAGAAGGAGAACAAGAUGACGUGGGCCCCGAGGAACAAAAGCGAGGACGAGGACGAGGACGAAGGCGACGCCGCCCGGGGCAAGGGGAGCCCGGACAAAGGGCACGAGGGCGCGGAGACCUCGGCCGAGGACGAAGGGAUCAGCCUGCACGUGGACUCGCUCACCGACCACUCGUGCUCGGCCGCGGAGUCGGACGGGGAGAAGCUGCCCUGCCGCGCCGGGGACCCGCUGUGCGAGUCCGGCUCCGAGUGCAAGGACAAAUUCGACGAGCUGGAGGACGAGGACGACGACGAGGAAGACUGCGAGCGGGACCUGGCGCCGCCCAAGCCCGCCACCUCCUCCCCGCUCACGGGCCUGGAGGCGCCGCUGCUGAGCCCGCGGCCCGAGGCCGGCCCCCGAGGCAAGGCGCCCCCGGGCAGCCGGACGUCGCCGGGCGCGCCGCCCCCCGCCAGCAAGCCCAAGCUGUGGUCGCUGGCGGAGAUCGCCACCUCGGACCUCAAGCAGCCCAGCUCGGGCCCCGGCGGCGGGCCCCCGGGGCUGCCGGCCCCCGCCGCGCCCGCCUCUUCCGGGGCGCCCCCCGGGGGCCCGGCCUACCCCGCCUCGCCGCUGCUCGGCCGCCCCCUCUACUACACGUCGCCCUUCUACGGCAACUACACAAACUACGGGAACUUGAACGCCGCGCUGCAGGGCCCGGGGCUCCUGCGCUACAACGCGGCCGCCGCGGCGCCCGGCGACUCGGGCCACGCCGCGCCCAAGGCGGCCGGGGACGCGGGCAAGGCCGGGGCGCCCGCGCUGGAGCCCCACUACCGGCCCCCGGGCGGCGGCGGCUACGAGCCCAAGAAAGACACCAGCGAGGGCUGCGCGGUGGUCGGCCCAGGCGUCCAGCCCUACCUAUAGAAUGGCCCGGCUCAGCAGUGCAAGUAAGUGGGCACCCGCGGCCUCACUGCCCUGCUGUUUUGCGAGGACAGUGUGUUGUGCAUAUUCUUUUCUUGCUCCUUCUCAGGCCUCUGGGGAAAAUCUGUCAUGUGGUAUAAACUAUAUAUGUGUGUGUGGUACAUUUGUGAUAUACACACACAUAUAUAUGUAUAGUGCUCUUUGGAAGGAAUAGAUGAUUAAAAUCUGGCAUUCAUUUGUCACUUGGAAUGGUUUUUCCUCUGCGAAGCACACACACUAGAAACCCGGUUUGAUGAGUGAGAGCUAUGGGAAAGUUGGGUGUGGAAAUCCUGUUUGUGUAUUGCUUUCAGAGUCUGUUAUUGGGCCUGCCCUCCUCUGUGUCCAAACGGGCUCCCAGAAGCCUGGACAGCAGUGCCUUAAAAACUCGUUCCUUUACAAGGCCAAAGUACCAGUAACCCCAGAUCAGAGACAGAAAAGAAGUAGAACCACUUGAGAUCCAUUUGAGUUUUCUCUUGGUUUUGUUUUUUGUUUGUUUUUUUUUUGGAACCUGGUGGGCGUUGGUGUAGAAAUGAAGGAUUUACGAUGAUUUGGUCUUUUCCUUGGUCCACAGGUAGGUGUCACAAUUGCUUUGGAAAAUCAAAGUCAGCAGGCCAGUCUAUCUUCCUAAGUUCAUAAAUGCAAAGAUAUAUAUAAAGAAAUAUAUUAUAUCGAUCUAUCUAUCUAUAUCUAUCUAUCUAUAUAUAUAUUAAAAAAAAAACCAGAUCUCUAAAUCCGGACCACAUCUGUGCCACUGUAAAAAAGAAGGACCCGUUGGGCACUGUCGACCCUCAGACUCUAAGGACUGGACGCAGUGUUGUUGGACAUCGUGAACCUGUUGGCGUAGUGUAGCUUCCCUGAUGUUUGUGUGACUUUUGGGAGCAAUCUGUUUUCUCUCAGGAUAUCUUGAUCACUUCACAGCCACAGUCUAUAUAGUCGAUAGGUGUGAUAGGAUUUACUGUAAAAAAUUAUUUGUAAAAGAUGUACACAGUAGAAAUAAAACGUGAUUGAAGAACCUGAGUAACUUCAGGCGUGAAAGCAAAUUUGAUAUUUAUUUUUAUAAUGAUAUAGAGCUUCUAGUAAUUUAUGCAAGUUCUAUUGCAAUGCGACCUAAACUUUUUGUAAAUAAAUUCUGCCUGUUUUUUUUUUUUUUGACCAUUGCUGGUUAUACAAUCUUUGUUGGUUGUUUAACAUGAAUUCUUUACUAAUUUAUACCUUAAACUGUAAAUAAAAACAGACUAGAUCACAGUCCUCGGGCUUUCAGGGCUCUUUAUUCCUGAAUGACUUGGGUCAGAGUCCUGAUGGUAGGUAGCCUCCAGGUAAUGAGGUCACCUUUUUAAUGAAAGGCUGGUCAAGUGAAGUCUCCUCUCCCUCUUCAUGCUCUCAAAGAAAAAGCAAACGGGAGAGAAAUACACAAAGGGGAGAUUGAAUUGGUUCUAGAUUAUUUAUAUACAAAUGUAUUGCAAGAAUAUAAUGGAGAAUUCUGUGCUCUGGAUAUGCAAAUUCCUUGCCAGUGUAAAUUUCUAAAACAUGGAAACAAUAAAAUGAUAUGACACCC